UUAAAAAAAAACCAAACGCUCGUUGAUUUCUCUGGUCUGAGUUCUGAGAAAUUGGUGGUUACCGACGUUUCUCGCGGCGCCACCUGUGGGCGACGAUACGGAAACGCAUGCGGUUGACAACAAAAGACGUUUUACCGCAAAGGCAAGUUGUCGAUCGAAAAUCCAUGAAAAAAGCGCGUAUUUCGGCGCCAGCUCCGGUAGAGUGAAGUGUUGUGAAUCGUUGUGUUUGGUUUCGCGGUUCUACAUGAAAUUAUGAAGAGGCGAAAUGUUGAACUGGCCAAGAUGAGAAGACCCAUGAAACGAAGCAAAAUCACAGAAGGAUUUUACGGAAGCACGCUGCUCUACCUGAAAUUCCUCAUACUUUGGAUGCUGGUUAUACUGGCCGAUUUCAUCCUCGAGUUCCGAUUCGAGUUCCUAUGGCCUUUUUACCUGCUGAUCCGUUCCGUUUAUGACUCGUUUAAGUACCAGGGCCUGGCGUUUUCGAUAUUCUUCGUGCUGAUAGCCCUCACGUCCGACAUGCUGUGCUUCUUCUUCAUACCGGUGCACUGGCUGUUCUUCGCCGCCAGCACUUACGUCUGGGUGCAGUUCGUGUGGCACACCGACAAAGGUAUAUGCGCGCCCACGAUCGUGCUGUGGAUACUGUUCGUCUACCUGGAGGCGGCCAUCAGGUUGAGAGACGUCAAACACAUGCCCGGUCACCUGGAUCUGUGCCGGCCGUUUGCUGCCCAUUGCAUCGGAUACCCCGUGGUGACGUUGGGCUUCGGCUUCAAAUCAUAUGUCGGCUACAGGAUGCGGCAGCGCAAGCAACAGCACGUCGCCAAAGAGAACCAGUUUUAUAUGCAACUGAUGCAACAGGCGCUACCCGCGGACACGCAGCCCGCGGAAGUCGCGGAGACGACCGCGACGGCGUCGGCGUCGACCCCGCCCACUGUACAAAAUAAUAAUAAGCUACCGAAUAGCGGUCACCUUAGUAAUAGCGGCAACAGUAGCAAGCAAGAGAGGAACGGACAUGUCGCCAACGGCUCCGCCCCGUCGUCCUUGACCAACGGCCUGCCGCAUCGGACGCACAAACGCAGGGACCACGACGACGUCCCAAAACAGAAAUCGAACCAGCACAGUAACGGGUCCAUCGUGGCGGCAGAGGGAUCUACGACCACCGACGAUGCCGCCGAGUCGGAGUCCAAACCGACGCACAGUGUAAGUAGUGGAAGAUUGACCGUUGGUUUUCAUGUUGUUGUGGUUAGAUUGAUGUCGGGUGCCAUCUCUCAUUUUUUGUCCACCCCUCCCCCUCAGAUUAGCAAAAUAUUGCACUGCGCGACGCGGAGGCGGGAGAAACGCGAGCCGGAUCGCGAGCAUGAAUACCUGCAGCGGCUGGAGCUCGAAUCCAAACGGCUGAGGACGGAGCUGCAGCAGAGUCGCGCGAGCGAGCAGGAGUUGCGCAUCCAGGUCGCGGCGCUCACCACUAGCGAAAAGGGCACGCGGGGCGAGUUGAUCCAGCUGCAACGGCAGCUCGACGACGUACACGAGCGCCUUCAGAGCGCGACGGCCUCCAAAUGCUCGGACAAACAGUCGAUCGGCGCGCUCGAGCGGCGCGUAAACGAGGAGCGACGCCUGCGCACCAGUCUCGAGUCGCAGCUGAACCAGGAGCGUAAGAUCAGGAAGCAAGAAGAGGCGCGACUAAUUGCCGCGCAGCAACAGCAGCAGCAAAUGGCGCGCGCGGCGGAUUGCACGGACGCGUGCAAGUCGCGACGCAGGGACCUCGAGGCGGAGCUCGCCGACUGCCGGCAGACGCAACGGUGGGCGGAGGAGAGGUGCAAAGGGCUGGAACUCGAAAACCGCGAGCUGGCCGAGCAGCUGCGUGAUCGGGAGCGCCUCCGGUCCGCCGUCGCCGCCCUGCAGGAGAAAAACGCGGACCUGGAGAAUUCACUGUCGGCGGAGACUCGGAUUAAGCUCGACUUGUUCUCCGCUUUGGGCGAUGCCAAACGACAGCUCGAGAUACGGGACAGCGUAACGCGGGCUCAGGAAAAGGAGAUUGAGGAGUUGAAGGGCAAGAUCGCGCAGGUGCUGGCCGUGAUGCCGAACGAUACGUUUGGGGCGGCGAGCGCGGGGGGCGGCGCUACGGUAUCCCGCGUCUGUCUUGCCGACAGUCCCCAGUCAAAGCUGGACCCGAACGCGACGGCCUACACUCCCAAAGGCUCGCUCAUCGCCUCCACGGAGGCCUGAUUCGUCGUCUUCGCUGCGGUUGCGUUUCACGCCCCUCCGGUUUAGAGCGGCCGCCCCUCUUGACCGCGAAACGAUCUCUUCACGACAGACAGGGAUUUUUUUAUUUCGUUUUUUUAGGGGGGCGUCGCGUGGGGUAGUGGCUCGAACUUACUACUCUAAGGAGCGCUUGUCUGAAAACAUCUCGACGGUAGCGACGCCUGGUCAGAGUACCGGGGAUACAUAUGGAGGAUCGGAUUUUUAGGGAGUGGAGUAUCUGGGGCGCGGUAGUUCAAAUAUACCGCUUCGAUUUAUUGCUUCGCGCGUCGAGGGCUCAUUUAGUUCGAACCUGCUGCUGGUGCGGGGGCCAGCCGCGAAACCGUCCUCCCCGUUUUUUACUUUAAUUUAUUUUAGUUUUAGGUGGUCAGUUCCUUGAAUCUUAACGGAGACCAGCGUUCUUCAUUUUUUUUUGUUUUUUGGUGGCGGCUGCGUUAAAUUUCGAAGGUCUUUCGAAAUUUUCCGCUUUCCGUCGUGACGUAAUGCGUGCGCGCGUUUUAGUCGAGAAGCACAAAGCCACGCCCACGUGGUACACUACAUGAAUUAAUGAUCUCUUAUUUUCUUGGCGGGACAAUUGCGGGACGGCCCGUUGCGCGAGAAUGUCUUUUGUGUUUUUCUUCUUUUUCCAGGGACGAGGGGUAGCAGAAUUCGAGUUUCAGUUUGUUAUGAUUUGCAGGGGGGGCGAGGUGCGAUGAGAGGCCGCUUUCGAAGCGCGCGCGUACUUAAUUUUUGUUUUUCGCCGGGGGGAGUGUUCAGUUUUGGAAAAAGCGUUUGGCUUUGGCUUUUGUUCUCUUCACCUUUGCCAUAUUUAACAUUUUGUAAAUACUGUGCGUUAGUAUUUAAUUUUUUUUUAGUACUGCGAGAUGAUUGAUGAUUAUUUUUUUGAUGAAUAAAAAGGCGUUUUUCGAAGACGCUGGUGUCUUUUUUAACUUUUCACAUAUCGGAACCCGAACAUGGUGAUGGUUGUGAUCUUGGGCCUUUUCAAGGAAAAGUGAAGCCCAAU